AUGGAGACAUCAGCCACCUGGCUGUUGGUCUCAGGAGGGCUUCUCACUUGGCGAGUCAAUCUGGACUUCGACGCCCGUGUCCCGAUCCCCUUCAGCCUCUUCCCGUCGUCGUACCGGAGCGACGCCGUCCAAACCACCACCGAGACUCGCAUCGAGGGUGAGAUCAACCUACCACAAGCCCAGCAGCGCGUCGGACGGGAAGGUCAAUACUCUUCUUCUAUCUCCGCCAACCUCCCUCCCCAGGACGGUCAGUUUCGUCAGGAAGAGGUCCACAUCACUCGCGAAGAGGACCGCCACCGUCCGAGCCGCAGAGAAGAUAUUUACAUUCGAGACGAGCGCAGACCAGGACGCAGCCAGACAAAUACUCACAUCGAAGUCGACCUCCCUCGUCGCAGACGUUACGACACUGAAGUUGACAUUGACAUUGAACAACGCCGCCCCCGAUACCAAGACUCUGAGCUCGACGUAACUGAACGUCAGUACCGAUCCAAGUUCCAACCAAGCUACCGCGAGGAAGUCCGCACCACCGUCGACCCUCCUCGAUUCCAACCUCAACGACAACAACAACCAACCUUCACCGAAGACAUUCGUGUGGGUGGAACAACCGUAGACCCUCCUCGAUUCCAACCUACAGUCAGGGAGGAAUACCGUGCUACAGAACAAACCGUCGACCCACCUCGAUUCCAACCUACUACAGUAAGGGAGGAAUACCGUGCAACAGAAGAAACCGUCGACCCUCGCUCCAACAACCCUCCCUCUAACACUCCUCGCUCCUCCGUCAAGAUGGGUUACUACGAUGAAGAUGCUUCAGGUCACUACCACUCUUUCCGUCAUGGACUUCACCGCGCUGCAGAACGCAUCGUCGGGGGUCCCCGUCAUCACUAUGACAGGGAAGAGAUUGACAUUACCAUAGGCAGCGGUGCACCCCGCCGUGCCGCCUCAUCGGCAUCAUCAUCCGAACCUCCCAACACCGUCACCAUCCCCACCCACCACAUUCGCCUCGGCGAUCUGUUGAUCCUUCAAGGUCGCCCUUGCCAGGUCAUCCGCAUUACCACCUCCCCCUCCACUGGCCAGCACCGCUACUUGGGUGUUGAUCUCUUCACCAAGCAGCUGCAUGAGGAGUCAUCCUUCAUCUCCAACCCAAGCCCAAGCGUCAUCGUCCAGACCAUGCUGGGUCCUGUCUUCAAGCAAUACCGGGUCCUCGACCUUCAAGAUGGCACAGUUGUCGCGAUGACCGAGACUGGCGAUGUCAAGCAAGCCCUCCCCGUUCUGGACCAGUCCAACCUCUGGUCCCGCCUCACUGAGGCCUUCGAGUCUGGCCGUGGCAGCGUCCGCGCCCUGGUCAUCAAUGACUAUGGCAAGGAGCUGGUCGUCGACAUGAAGGUCAUCCAUGGUUCUCGUCUUUAA